AUGUUGCGAGUCGGAUCGUGGUUGUAUGGCAAAAAGCCGGCGCAGUCUGUGGACGCGCUGGUCGAAUUGAAAGACUUGGCGGAGGCGAUGAAAGCGACCACAUUGAUUCUGAAUGACGAUGUUGAUGGCGCGGAGAAUGGCCUCUCCACGGGCUCCUCAUCUUUUCACAAUUUGGGGAAGGGUAUGGUCGCAUUCGUGCGGGCAACAUUAGGCUUUGAGCAGGAGAUUAUGCGGCAAGCUUCCGAGCGCCUGUAUGAAGCGGAAACGAGUGCGGCCAACGAUCAAACCCGGUCCCAGCAAAAUGUCCAGGCACCCAAUGCCUUUCACUCUGAUAUAUAUGCCACCGGCACCGAAUACGCACUGUGCCAGGCAAUCGCACAAUUGAUGAGUGCAGUCGUUGGGGUUCUGAACGAAAGCUUGACAGAAAGUAUCAAGGCGUUCUAUCGACUGAGAAAGGCUUAUAUCACACUAGAUGCCAUCAUGAAGAUGGAAGAGAAGUUUAUGGAGUUGAGAGAUCCGAAUAAAGUUCUACUGCCGACUGUGAGUAAUCUUUCGAGUUCAAGGGCUACGUGCCCAGAUACGAAGUCGGAUUCGUCCAGCCUUUCAUCGAAAAAGGGCACAAAAAUGGAUAGUGUCGAAAAUACAGAGCUGAAUGCAUCAAUGAAUGGUUUGGCUACCUCCCUCCAAGCGGCAUCUCCAGCUCUUUCGGGCACUUCUACACCUCUCGCCAAGCAUAUCCACCAUGACCCCGACUCCGACAUCUUCAAAAAUGACAUCGAUAUCUUUGUGCACUCCGGUGCUAAUUUCUGCUUUGGUAUUCUUCUUCUACUGAUUUCCAUGGUACCGCCGGCAUUCAGCAAGCUUCUUUCUAUCAUUGGCUUCCACGGUGACAAGCAACGUGGGUUGAGGAUGCUUUGGCAAGCUAGCAAGUUCCACAAUCUGAUCGGCGCCAUGGCUGCCUUGGCACUACUAGCAUAUUACAAUGGCUUUGUCCGCUACUGCGAUAUUAUGCCCGACCCAAGUCCUGGCGAGGGCGACAUCGAGGGGUACCCGCGGGAGAGACUGGCUGCUUUAUUGGCGGAGAUGCGGUCUCGGUUCCCCAACAGUCAACUUUGGCUGCUCGAAGAAUCGCGGAUGCUCGGCGCGAACAAGAACUUGGACCGCGCUCUAGAGCUAUUGUGCACUGACAAGAAAAGCCCGCUCAAGCAAGUCGAGGGGCUGUGUGUGUUUGAGAAGAGCUUGAAUGCCCUGUUUCUCCACAAAUACGACGUUUGUGCUGAAGCAUUCAUUGAGUGUGUGGAACUCAACUCGUGGUCCCGUUCGCUGUAUUACUAUAUCGCCGGGUCCUGUCAUGUCGUCCUGUACCGACAAUCCCUCAACGAUCCCAAAACUGCGGCGAAACACGCGAAGAAAGCCAUUUCGUACAUUCGCAAGGCACCCGAAUUCGCUGGGAAAAAGAAAUUCAUGGCCCGGCAACUACCCUUUGACGUAUUUGUGACCCGAAAGGUCGCUAAAUGGGAGGCACGUGCUAAAGAAUGGAAAGUGUCUCUGGUGGAUGCGAUUGGCGUCGAUCCUAUCGAGGAAAUGAUUUUCUUCUGGAACGGACACAGUCGCAUGACCAAUGAACAGCUGGAGGAAUCCUUGAGCCGACUGGCAUGGUGCGAAAGCGCGACCAACAAGACGUGGUCUCGCGAGGGGGCCGAAGAAAAAGCGAUUCUGGAGCUUCUUCGCGCCGCAGUUUUGCGAUCUCUGUGCAGAUACGAUGAGGCGAAAAAGAUCCUGAAGACGCGUGUCUUGAACCAUGACAAGUCCCUCUUCAAGGGUCACCUGAAGGAUGACUGGGUCCAUCCAGUUGCGAAUUUCGAGAUGGCGGCAAACUUCUGGAUGCAGCGAUCGACAUUCCAGGCGCUUCAUGGGAUUAAUGUUUCUAACGCGUCGGACGAAACAUCUACCGGACCCGAAGCGAACACAGACGUCGAGAGGAAGCAAGUACGCGAGUGCAAGGACUACCUGGAUAAUGCUGCUCGUUGGGAGAGCUAUGAGCUGGAUGCUCGUAUUGGGCUCAAGGUCACUGCGGCGAUGGAAGCCGUUCAAAAAUGGGAGGCCAUGCACCCAACGGCCUAA